AUGGCGGACUUGUCGGGGACCGAGCUGUCAGAAGAGAAAGAAGCAGAAAUUGAGCUCAAGAAAAGACAGAAACGACCGUGGGAGGAUUUGCACAAGUCGGGCAAAAUCGGUUUAAAUCCGGGACUACCGGAAACGUUGGGAGUUUACGACAUAAGCGCUGUCAGGAGGGAGCAACGGGAGCUCUCAGCAGAUCCGUCGUUGGCGCGUUUCAUUUGCGCAGAGCUCACCAGAGGAUACUUCCUGGAACACAAUGAGGCAAAGUACACGGAGCGCAGAGAGAGAGUUUACACAUGCAUGCGUAUUCCCAAGGAACUGGAGAAGCUGAUGAUCUUUGGCUUCUUCCUGUGUGUGGAUGCCUUCUUGUACGUCUUCACCCUGCUGCCCCUCAGGGUGCUGCUGGCUCUGCUCCGCCUCCUCACCCUGCCAUGCUGUGGUUUCAGCGGGUCGCGCCUGCUGCAGCCAGCGCAGGUGUGUGACGUGCUGAAGGGACUGAUCCUGGUGCUGUGCUUCUCCAUGAUGCAUUACGUCGAUUACUCCAUGAUGUACCACCUGAUCAGAGGACAGUCUGUCAUCAAACUCUACAUCAUCUACAACAUGUUGGAGGUGGCAGACCGCCUCUUCUCCUCCUUUGGUCAAGACAUCCUGGAUGCUCUGUACUGGACGGCCACAGAACCCAAAGAACGGAAAAGAGACAGUAUAGGAGUCAUCCCUCACUUCUUCAUGGCCGUCUUUUAUGUCUUCCUACAUGCCAUCCUCAUCAUGGUCCAAGCCUCCACCCUCAACGUCGCCUUCAACUCCCACAACAAGUCCCUGCUCACCAUCAUGAUGUCCAACAACUUUGUGGAGAUUAAAGGAAGCGUGUUCAAGAAAUUUGAGAAGAACAACUUAUUCCAAAUGUCCAACAGUGAUAUCAAAGAGCGGUUCACCAGCUACGUUCUCCUGCUCAUCGUCUGUCUCAGGAAUAUGGAGCAGUUCUCGUGGAACGCAGACCAUCUGUGGGUGUUGUUCCCUGAUGUGUUUAUGGUCGUCACCUCUGAAGUUGCCGUUGACAUUAUUAAACACGCUUUCAUCACGAAGUUCAACGACAUCACUGCAGAUGUGUACAGUGAAUACAGAGCCAGUCUGGCCUUCGAUCUCGUCAGCAGUCGACAGAAAAAUGCUUGUACUGACUACAGUGACUCAGUGGCCAGGAGGAUGGGCUUCAUCCCUCUGCCUUUGGCUGUUCUGCUUAUCCGAGUGGUGAUGAGUUCGGUGAAGGUGCAGGGAGCACUGUCGUACACUUGUGUGUUCCUCUUUUAUCUCGGGCUGGUUACACUCAAAGUGUUGAACAGUAUUGUGCUCCUGGGGAAGUCGUGUGUUUACGUUAAGAGGGCCAACAUGGAGGACAAACUGUUCGAGAGGCCCUCGACCACUCCAUCCUCCUCCUCUGCAAAGAGCCCCAGCAAAGCUGACCAGCCAAGAUGUCCCACUCCUUCAGGUGAAUCCAAAGCGGAGCAGGUCCCAGUCACACCCUGCAGCCCACCAUCCUCCUCCUCCUCCUCUUCCUCUUCCUCUGUGACCACCCAGCCAACUCCCAGGACUGACUUGUUCCCCCCCCCGCCCACUGAUGCCUCUCCUGCUGCACCAGCAAGCCGUCCUCCAACUCCUCCGCCUGAACCCGAACAGCCUGCAGCCUCACUCUCCAAAGAAGAGGAGGGGGAGGCCCAGGCCGCCUCUGAACCGAAGCACAGGACUCCCAAAAAAGACCUGCUGGAGAUCGACCGUUUCACAAUCUGUGGUAACCGCAUUGACUGACCAGCAGCGGCCGCUGAUGUAGCGAUUAACCACUCAGGAAAGACGGAGAGCAGAAGCCUCCCGGCUCGGCUCUCCUGGCCAACAGCAGCAGAAAGCUGAGUAUUUAUUAAAAGUCAGUGAACAUACAGUAAGUUAGCGUGAACAUGGACACAGUGUGAGACGAUCCUGCUGCUGUUGAAGCCUGAACUCGAGAAGUGUGACAAAGAAAACUUCAGUUUCAGAGUUUACAGCAGGAGAGAGAUGGUGUGAGUGUGUGGCAGCCCAGUCGUCAGGAUGAACUGGCAUGUGUCUGUGUGUGUCUGUGUGUGUGUGUGUGUGUGUGUGUGUGUGUGGAGGCGUUAGCAUGGUUCAAUAUUUAGAGUGAGAGUGUGUGAUGCAGCGUAUGUGUGAGCACACAAGCACUUCCUGUAUGAGCAGCGCUGGGACCAGAAGGAGAGAAGUUUCUCAGUUCGCUCAGCAGCCGGAAAACAGACAAACUUCCAGACUCUUAUGUAAAAAAAGGAAACACCUGAGUGGUUCUUAAACUGCAUCGAGUGUUUCCUUUUUCCUCAAAAAAGAUUAAUACAAGUAGAGUUCUUAUUUAAAAUAACCAAUAAUUGGUUGUCCAUCUAACGUCAACCCAAUUUAAAAUGAGGAAAGAGCCUCUAAGAGGUUCCUCCAAUAGGAAUCUCAAGCCAGUGAUUCCCAACCUGAGGGUCAGGUCCUUCACAAUGGGUCAUAAGAUAAACAUAUUUCUGAUACACAGAAUUAUGUUUAUUUAGACUUUCCUCUACUGUUCACCAUUUUUCUUCUGACUCACUGGAUAAUUUUACCUGUUUGUGUCUCUAAAAACUGACCUUUUAAGGCAGAAUUGGUCACAACAGGUUCACACACAACCGGUGAUGAGGGGUUUGUUUCAGAGGGUCACGAGCCAAAAAGGUUGGGAACACUGCACCAAGCAGUCGCACACUGUUCAUUUUAGAGUUUAUGCAUUGCUGCUUGUUCCAUUAACCGCUCAGUUCAAAUGAAGAUUAAAGUUUAUACCUCAGUGGGACUAGUUUGCAUUUUUAAAACGAAGCAUCUUUUUACUUUCCGACGCCAUCUGAUGGCGUUACAACAGAACAGUGACUUUUAAAGAGCAGCUUUAAGCGGAGCUUUUCGUUUAUGCAGCCAACAGAUAAAGUCAUCUGCAGCCCACACAGGCGCCUUCAGCAGCUAAGAGACCUUUCAUUAAAAGGACCAGUCAGCGUACGACAUUAACAGAGGCUGCCGGUCAAAUGUUGGUAAAUUGUGACGGCACACACUAAAGCUGCUGCUUCCACCAGCCGCUCCGACCGAUUUCAUUCAGACUUCAAAGUAAGAAUUUAUAUAAAUUUCCAGUUGGCUCCUAAAAUCCUGAAAAACACUGAAAGAUGCUGAAGAGAAUCUUAAUUUCCUUCUUGCUUAAAGUAAAUUUUUCAAAUCAGUUUUACACAUAUAUAUAUCCACACAUAUACACAUAUAUAUAUAUAUAUAGGUGACAAAUCAUUAUCUGAAAUUCAUCAUUUAAUAACAAUGCAUAUAAUUGUUAGAAAGGGGUUAUCACUGUCCUCCAGGACUAACAUUGCAUAACUUCCUUUAAGACGUUACGAGUGUGAUUUUGUUGGAGAAAUCGUAUUUAAUUUUUCAUUACUUUUGGUCUGGAGAAUGUUUGCACUGAUGGACCGUAUUGUCUUAAAUACGACAGGUCACGUUUCUCAUUCGACUCUCAAGUAAUGUUCUAAUGUUUACAUCUUAGAAAAAUAGAAGCAAUAUUUCCACAACAGAAUGCCUUUUUUUUGCAUGUGUGUUUUACUGACGUUAUCUGCUAUGAUUUACAUUUUUUCUUUUAUUGCAAUGAAAACUAUAAAGAUAAAUAUAUAACAGGCCAGUUAUAUAUCAUCAAGCUUUCAUCUGUCACCCACAUUUGUAAUUGAGUGUAAACAAAAUAUGUUAUUCCUAACAUUAUAUAUCAGAGUGCUUUAAUCAGAGUAAAGUUCCUGCAGCCGCGACAAAUACUUGAGCUGUGCCAGAGAACCUCAUGUAAACCUGUUCAAAUCACUUAACAGUGGUACUUUAUGUAGCACCUCAUGGUUCCUUCCGCCUGUACAAGGUUAAACUGGGAGAUUCUCCACAGCAACAGUUUUGUGCAUCAAGCUGAGCAUUUUAAACUGAACUAUAAAAACAAAUAUAUUCCACUAAUAGAAGAUAGAAUUUAUUAGGGUUUAAAAUCAUUGCAAACAUGUAGAAAUCGAUUCUUUUUUAAUUUAAUUUAAUUUCUUUCUGGUGCACUCUUCCUAUCACUCUCAAUUUAUUUGGGAAUUUAAAAUGUAUUUUACUGCCGUGUGAAUAAGCCAAACAUAUGACAGUAAUAUACUUAAAGUGAUCAUAAUGUAAAGUGGAGCCUCAUAUUUUACUUUUAGCAGAAAUAAGAUGUAUAUAGUGUUUACACAUAUCAGCUUUGAUUUAAUUCUGUUUUGGAGAAAUAAAAGCUCUUUAUAAUAUUCAUUACCAUUGUAAUAAGGAAGAUAGUUCUAUUUUUGGAGCUGCCAGUUGUGAUAUGAUGUUUUUUUUUGCGCGUGAAAUCUGACUCUUCUCAGUCUUUUCAUGUGGUUUUGUCGAAUGUCUCGUCUCGUCUCCACCGGCCUGAGCUCAGCCUUGUUGUGGUCGGUCGGGUUCAUAGUCUCCACUGUCAGCUGGUUGAGCUUAACUGGUCCCAGUCUGUACCUGACUCAACCACAACUGGACCCAGCUGAGCUCAACUCAGCUAAUGGAGAUGAGGCAAAAGUGUUCUUAUGCAAGCUGCGAUGGUCCAGUACACUGCCUGCUUUGUUUCAUCAGUUUGGUUCCUUAUUUAAUUCCUACCUUGAUAAUGUAUGACAAUGCUC